AUUCUUCCCCUGGGUUGCCUUUGAUCACAUCUUUGUUUUAUGGCUUUCUUCUUGAGUUUUUUGAUUUAUUUGAUUUUCUUCCUUUUGAUAUAAAGACAAAGUUUUGGUUUUGGCCAGAGAAUUAAUUUGUACUUGUUAAGUGGGCUAGCUGGUUCAGUCCUGAUGAUUGCUAGCAAGCAGGGAUUUUUGUUCUACUCUGCUUGUUCUCUAAAAACAAAUGCAAACUUCGAGCUCAUAAAAUUAAUUUCUUGAUUGUUACUUUCUAAAAUAAGUUCAAGAUUCAUGGUUCGUCGAUACAUACCAAUAUGUAUAAGAGCAUUUGGUUCCAGAAGGAAAUUGAAUGGUUUAUCAUGUUUUAAUAGAUCAUUAUGCCCCAAAAGUAACUGACAAUUUUGGGUUCUAUUGGACUAUCAGCAUUGUGCUCAUUAAUAUGGUUUUGAAUUGCAGCCAGCGUUUGUCUUUUUUUUUUCCCCUUUUUGGGAAUUAGAGUAAGUCUGUUAAAAGGACCAAGGUGAUUUAACAGCCUAUUGGUUUCAAAAUUUUAUAGAACACCUUCCACAUUAUUCCCGUUAACAGUAGUUAACUACUUUAGAAUGAUAAGAGUUGUAAGGAAAUUAUAUCUCAAACACAAUAUCUGCUGGGUGUUCUGCACCUUGGUCUUCCUUUCUCAUUGCAUUAGUUGUAAUAUCUUCCUCUUUAUCGAGUAAAAAAUUUCCCACGAGUCUAUGAUAUGAUCAUCCCUUAAUGUUUAUUAUUUUUCUUUCGGAUUCUGACUUAAUUGGAUGCAUAUACACUACAGCUGCCUGGCAUGGGAAGCCGGAAAGCCACUGGUAAUAGAAGAAGUGGAGGUGGCACCUCCACAGGCAAUGGAGGUUCGCCUGAAGAUCCUGUUCACCUCCCUAUGCCAUACUGAUGUUUACUUCUGGGAAGCUAAGGGGCAGACACCUUUAUUCCCUCGUAUAUUUGGUCAUGAAGCAGGCGGGAUUGUUGAAAGUGUUGGUGAGGGUGUUACCGACCUCGAACCUGGUGACCAUGUCCUUCCUGUUUUCACGGGAGAGUGCAAGGAGUGUCGGCAUUGUAAGUCAGAGGAAAGCAACAUGUGUGAUCUCCUAAGGAUCAAUACUGACAGAGGAGUGAUGCUCAAUGAUGGUAAAUCAAGGUUCUCAAUCAAUGGACAGCCGAUCUACCAUUUUGUUGGGACUUCAACCUUCAGCGAAUACACUGUUGUUCAUGUUGGUUGUGUCGCCAAGAUUAAUCCUGCUGCUCCUCUCGACAAAGUUUGUGUUCUGAGCUGUGGAAUCUCAACAGGUCUCGGUGCCACAUUGAAUGUUGCAAAGCCUGGAAAAGGUUCAACAGUAGCAAUAUUUGGAUUGGGAGCUGUAGGCCUUGCUGCUGCUGAAGGGGCUAGAAUGGCAGGUGCCUCAAGGAUUAUUGGGGUUGAUUUAAAUUCCAAGAGAUUCAAUGAAGCCAAGAAAUUUGGGGUCACGGAGUUUGUGAAUCCAAAAGACCAUGGCAAACCUGUUCAGGAGGUGAUUGCUGAAAUGACUGGUGGUGGAGUUGAUCGAAGUGUCGAAUGCACUGGAAACAUCAAUGCUAUGAUAUCUGCAUACGAAUGUGUUCAUGAUGGAUGGGGUGUUGCUGUACUUGUUGGUGUGCCAAACAAAGAUGAUGCCUUCAAAACACAUCCAAUGAAUGUCUUGAAUGAGAAAACACUUAAGGGUACCUUCUUUGGAAACUACAAGCCGCGCUCUGACCUUCCUCUGGUGGUGGAAAAAUACAUGAACAAGGAGCUGCAGUUGGAGAAAUUCAUCACCCAUGAAGUCCCCUUCUCAGAAAUUAACAAGGCCUUCGACUACAUGCUCCGUGGAGAUAGUCUUCGAUGUGUGAUCCGCAUGGAUGCAUAAAAUAGGAUCUAAUCUGUCAGAGUCAAAAGUCUAUCUCAGAAAGACAAAUUAAAAAACAAAAUGUCAUUGUUGUUGGAAAUAUUGUGAAAAAAAGAAAAAGUCUCAUUAUCUGGUUUGAGUCUUAAAUACUGUACAUAACAAAAUAAUGCUUAUGUUUCCAAGUCUAUAUAAAUAAAAAUUGUUUGGUAUUUUUGUUAA